AUGUGGAAAGAUGAAACACUCUUCCGGGUUAUAGAUGAAAACUGUUGGAACCCAGAAGCAAGAAUAAAGGAAAUGGAUGAAACAGUUUUAUUUUUACCUAAGGCAAAACCUGAGGACACUCUUGACCUAUGUGAGAUCUUAAAUGAUGAUAUUGCAGCGAAAGUUUCAUCCCACCCGAAGCGGUUUGUUGGUCUAGGAACAUUACCAAUGCAGGAUUUUAUCCAGGCUCCAGACCUAGCAGUUAAGGAACUGAAGAGAUGUGUUAAGGAACUCGGAUUUCCAGGAGUUCAAAUUGGUUCACACGUAAAUGAGUGGAGCUUAGACGCUCCCGAACUUCGUCCAAUCUUUGCUGCUGCUGAAGAUUUGAACGCAUGUAUAUUUAUUCAUCCUUGGGAUAUGAAUCAAAGAAUAAAAAAAUAUUGGUUACCUUGGUUAGUGGAAAUGCCAGCCGAAACGUGUUCAGCAAUCUGUUGCCUGAUAUUUGGAGGUGUUCUAGAACGUUUUCCAAAGUUGAAAAUUUGUUUAGCUCACGGAGGUGGCUCGUUUCCUUAUACAAUUGGCAGAAUAAUUCACGGUUUUGAUGUAAGACCAGAUCUUUGUGCCAUCGAGAACAAUAUUUCCCCCAAAAAGUACAUUGGUCAUUUCUACACUGAUUCAUUAGUACAUGAUGAAAACGCUCUUAAAUUCCUUGUGAACCUUGUUGGUGAAGAUAAAGUUAUACUUGGAAGUGAUUAUCCCUUUCCACUUGGAGAGCAUAAACCUGGUGGUUUGAUUCAGUCAACAUAUAAAGAUAAUCCUGAGAUUAAGGCAAAAUUGCUGUACAAAAACGCUAUUGAGUUCCUUGGAUUGGAUGAAAUCAAGUUUGCAUAG